GCACUGUGCGCGCGCGUCACAACGAACCGAUAUCAAUUGAUCCUGAGACUGAGUUGAAUUGCAGCCUUGAAAUUGACUUGAACCUUUUCUUUGGACCUUGUUUGUUGGAAAAUCUAACGGAAUAUUCAUUCAUCAUGAACGGGGAAGAUACUGAAAACGUAGAGCAACUGGAAAAUAUGAAAAUCGAAGAUGGAGAGGAGAAUGCGACGGAAGUUCAACAAUCGAGUGAACCCGCUGCUGGCGAUGCGAAUGGUCAGGCUGAUGGUGAUGGUGCUGAACAAGAUCAAGAGGAAGACUCGGGGGACCUGCCCAUUACUUUGUACAUUAAGGCUGGAGUUGAUUCUAAGAUAGCAGAUUGUCCGUUAUGUCAGCGGUUGUUUAUGAUCAUUGUCCUGAAGAAAAUCAAAUAUCAAGUCUGCACAGUAAAUAAGGACAUCUUACCAGCAGAAUACAAGAAAAUAUUAGGAAACACACCGCCUCCUGUGUUAGUGGAUCCAAACGUUCAGACUGACAACCCUCUUGGCAAGGUUAUCGAUGACAUCAUCAAGGCAGAGCAUUACCUAGAGUCCGUGUUCCGACCAAAACUUGAAAAUUCAAACCCAGGCGCCAAGAAAGUUGGCUCAAAUGUCUUUAGUAAAUUCUCAGCAUUGAUGAAGAACCAAGACGCAUCUAAGAGGGAUACUCUGAUUCACAGACUAAGAACAGAGCUUCAGAAACUUGAUGAUUUCUUGAAGGAUACAUCUGAAGAUGAUGAACUGUCUCCAGGACGCUGCCUCGAAGGGGAUAACUUCACGCUAGCAGACUGUGAUCUCCUACCAAAACUUCACCGUGUUGAAGUCGCAUGCAAUAAGUAUUUCAAGUUUGAUGAAGUAAUGGAGGGUUUCGAAGCCGUUCAGAGAUAUCUUGAUAACUGGAAGGAAACGCCCAUCUACCAAAUCGUCAAGUACGACGACCGAGAAGUCUACAACACCUACCGUACCGUGGUCAUGAGAUCAGAGCAUCGGCCGGGGGCUGGAAGACAUUAAACCAGGCCGGAGAAGAAGCUAGGGAAGAGGAAAGAUCCACCAACUUGGCAUGAAUUGUAUCUUAUAUGAUGUUUAACUAUUUGCCAUAGCAAGGAACUAUUUCAUAUACAGCGUAGCUUGGAGCACAGCUAGUAUGUGAUGAUGGAAAAUAUGUGACACUCCAAAACAAUCUAAUGUCAUUGUGUAGAUUGGUUCCAUAAAUCUUUUUGAAAACAAUACCCAUCAUUAUGAUCAUGUAUACAACUUUUCAGGUAUUCAAUAUGUUAUUCCUCAGUUCAAAUAUGUAUUUUAUUGAUGUCAAUGUUCCUCAAUUUGUCAAAUUAAGCCCCAAACUUUUAGAUUUUUUUUUUAUCUUGAAUGGGGAAUUUAUUUUGAAAGAGCCAUCGUCCAUUGCAAGAAAUGGACAAGCAGGAUUUUUCUGCACGUGAUGUUCUAGCGUCAAUUAAAGUAAACUGAUAAUUUGAUUGAAUGAUAAUUGGUUCUGUCAUUUGAAAACCAUGUGCUUGUAUUGUGAUAUAUCAUGGCUAAAAUCAUGUAUUGAAAUGGUGGUAUAGGUCUUGAAUGCAUGGAAUUGUGAGUAAGCAACAUUGCAUUUCAGUGCUCAACUGAUUUUUACUCAGUCAAAACUACAGCUUGAUAUCUCAUAUCAAACAUAUACUGUAUAUUUGUACUUCAUGAAAUGAAUGUUUUAGAUAACAAUAGUAAUAAUAGAGGUAUAUUUACCCAGGGUAGCCACUUCAGUUCCGAAAACUGUUCUCCCAGCGGGCCCUGCUGUUAUUAUUACCCGGCUAAGCUAGGCUACCUAUUCAGGUGCACACAGCUUUUUGAGGAAUAACUUCCUGCCGGUACCCAUUUACCUCACCUGGGUCGAGUGCAGCACACUGUGGAUGCAUUCCUUGCUGAAGGAAAUUACGCCAUGGCUGGGAUUUGAACCCACGACCCUCUGUUUCAAAGUCCGAAGACUAAUCCACUGGGCCACGACAGUGAUAGGUCAUUGAAUACAAAUAAAAAUAAUAGAAAUAGAAAACGAGAGAAUUGAAAGAGCAAAAAUCAAGAAGGAAUAUUUGCUGGAAAUUUGAAUUGCCCAAUUGUAUGAAAAUGGGAGAAAUAACAAUUAGAUCGUUUGUUAAUGAGAUUAAAAUUUUCCCCUAAACAUUUUGUCAUUAUUACUUCUUGGUCAUAUAAAUCAAUUUCAUGAAAGAUUAUAAAGAGACAGAUUUUGUUGUGUAUUCAUUUUGCUACAUUUUUUUAAAAUCAUUUUAAUUGAUUUCCAUUGGAAUGUUAUUGCAGGGGGAAAUCAAAUAAUGUACAUUUCUAGCUUGCAGCCAUUUUUGUUUCAUUUUAUUGUGUAUUUUUCACCUCACACAUCUGUCCUUAACAUCCAUGUAUAAUAACCAAGGAUGAUGAUUUCAUUUCAAUUACCUUUGGACUGAAUAGUUGCGUAUUAUUAACCCCUUCUAUAGUUUACAUUUUGCAAGACAAGAUAAGAAUAUCUUGAUAUCAAUUUACAUGUAUUGUCAGCUUGAAAUUUCCUCAACUAUAUGCAAUACUCAAAAUUUCAAAGAUUCAUAUCUGCCAUGAGCCAAAGACAUUGAGUGAUUUAACUUUACAUGUAUUCUUGAUCAAUUGACUGGACCAGUAAAUUCAACUAUCUCUGUUUUUUCAUGAAGAAAUUCCUGUAAAACUUGCACUGUGAAUGAUUAGUUAGAAUGAACUAAUGUCUGGUCUAUUUUAGAUCACAGAAAUAAUAAUUAUGUAAAAAAUGAUGGUGCCAAAUUUACUGGUUAAUAGCAGUCUGUAAUUAAUACUGAAUUUGAUUUAUAUCAUGCAUUUAUGGCAGUCCGUGAUUUUAGAUUUACAUACAGCAUGAAUACGAGCUUUAUGUACAACGUAUCCAGCCAUUUCACCCAGAGUGAGUUUUUUUUUUAAAUUCUUCCUCUCCCCAAACGGUCAUCUUAGAUGUAGCUUAAAUUUGAUGGUAGGAGAAAAAUACGAUAUCAUUUUCCAGUUAUUCUCCAAGGUGACUACCUUGGUUUUUGUGGUUUGCAUUAAAAGCGAAGGGUAUUUGAAAGAGCAUGUACAUUGUAUACAUUUGUAUGUAAAUUCAUAUUGAUGAAAGUCAGGCCCAUCAAUCUUUGUGUUCUAUUUUCCAUAUAUUCCUCAUUUAUGUAUAAAAGUCAACUUACAUGCUUAUUUUUUUAUGGUUCUAAUUGUUUAUCAAUUAAAAUCUAUAUGUUCUAGUAUUAAAAAAAAAUCAUGUGGUUUGAGCCUUAGCAAGUAAAUAACAAUACAUUGUUCAUGGAAAAAAGAAGAAAACAAUUUGAAGAAAAAUGAGGAAUUACAUAAUUAUUUCCCUUGUACUUAUUGAUCUUCAAAGUAAAUUUGAUAAUUGAUAUAAAAUGUAAUCAGGAUAACUGGAAAAAAAUGUUUUUGACUCAUGAAAAUUAGAGAAAAUUGAUUUUGUUGGAUAUAAUCAGUAUAUUGAUGAAUAUGUCUGCAUAUAAAACAUGAUAUUGUCAUUUCAAACAUGAGCUCAUACUCUACCUGGAUAGAUGUUUUACUCAUUUAUAUUUGUGAUGACAAUGAAUAGUUACAAAUAAUCAAAUUUGUAUUAUGUGAAUGUAUCAGAAAAUGAAUUAUAUACAUUGAAUAAUCAAGACAUUUGGAAACCUCAAUUAUAUCAUAAAAAUGAUAAAUCUCUGGUGGUAUCUUUGGAAAUGUGAAGUUCAGCGAAGCACACCGUGUCUAUUUUUGUUUUAUUCAUACAGUAUUAAAGUCUCCUCUGUCCUACGUAUCCAACCUUUAAGACACUUUUAAUAUAAACAUUCAAUUCAGCUGCAUUUAAUGAUGAUGUUGUAGACUUUGCAUCUAUUAAGAUUCAGGCACUUAUAAAUGAUAUGUUGCAAUGUUUAUCCAAGAUAUCAAUGGAAUGAUUAUGUUCUGAUCAAACAAUAUUUGGGAGAUUGUAUACAUAAUGUUCAACAACUGAAUGGAAAUUCCAUGUGGAUGUGUUAUAACAAGUCUUUAUAAAACAGAUAUUCUUCCUAAAAUAA